AUGACAUCCUCAAAACCUCUACCGCUCCUAAACCUGACAGGAAAUUGGGUUAUGGAAAAACAUCUAUCAACGAACGUUGAACCAAUGAUGAAGAUGCAAGGCCUAAACUGGAUUAUCCGCCGAGCCUUCCAACACGUAUCCAUACUAUUUACAAUCACCGAAUAUGCCAGUAUUGGCGCAGAUAGUUCACCACUGGCGUUGCAUAUUGACGUUGAACAUACUGUGACAGGUGGAUUCAACGGUACAACCGAGAAGCGGACGCUCGACUGGAAUCCUCAUGUCCAGAAGGAUUACGUGUUCGGGUGUCUUAGUGUCCGUAGCCGACUCAUUAGGGGCGUGGAAGAUGCGGACGGUCAUGUUCGGCCCGCACUUCAACUACACAUGCCAAACUUGGACGAAAGCGUAUACAAAUUCAUGAGGGGGGCAGUCUCUUCCGAGGGUGAGCCGGAGGAAGGGUUUUUACUUGAGGAGUCACCGCAACAGUACGUGGGAACUAGUCGUGGAAGUUGGUUGCAUACUGUCUCGUGCAAUGACGAACUAGGGUGGACCAUGGAACAGGUUUGGGGCUUCGAAAUGAUAUGCGGCGAGCGCUACCACACACGCCGGAUUGUCAUUAUUAACAAAUCCGGCGAUUGUACCAUGGGCCGAAUUGUAUACAAGUGGCACAGUGGAAUUCGGGAAUGA